AUGCUUGUGCGUUCGUCGUUUCGGGAUACAAUAUCAAAAGUGAAAAAGCAAUUUCAACAAGAUGAAAAUUCAUCUAAAGAUAAAAUUCAUUUAAUUAAAUAUGAUUCAAUAGACAAUAUAUUUAUUGAAAAUAAUCAAAAAUAUUCUUCAAAACGAAUUUACUAUCCUAAAGAUACAAUAUCUAAUGGAAAAUUAAUAUUAACACGACAAUAUUCACGUUAUUCUUCAGGGGAGAAGACACGAAAUUUAUUAGUAAAUGUAUUUCGAACUCGUCGAUCAAAUGUUGCUUUGGGAUCAAAUGAAACAAACAUGGUUGGUAAACAAUUUAGUGUUUCAGUGAUUAAUUUAGCAACAUCGAUUGGUUCAAAUCGAAUUAGUAAUACUACACCAAUAAAUAAUGAAUCAGCACUUUUAAAUCUUCUCGAUCAACGAAAGCAUGCUUUAUCUGAAGAAAAUUUACCAUCAACAGUAAAUGCUUAUCGGGAAGGACAGAUGACAGAUAUAUGUAUGUGUUGUUUGAGUAGACAAAAAAUUGAUAGAAACAAAAGAGGAUUUCACUUGAUGUGGUGGGAGAUAUUAAUGCAAAUUGAAUAUAGUCGAUAUGAUGGAUCGUACAUCUAUUUUACUAAUGUUAAGGGUCAAAAUUUUAAAGAACGACUUAACUAUUCCAGCACAUCUGAAAAUACGACAUUAAGAGAAAUCUUAUUAAAAUUAUUCGAAAAACAUCAUCUCACUAUAGAAACAUGUAAUAUUUGUUUACGAAGUGCACCUAGUUUACCAUUGUCCUUGGAUCAACCAGUCAAACAUCUCCUGUUAGAUGAUCUUGUCGUUACAGGUACAUAA